AUGCAGUAUGUUGUUGUAGACAAGAACGUUGAAGUUGCCCAGGGCCUGAAAGAAUUGCUCGCCUACGAAGGAGACGUUGAAGAAGACAUGUGCACGACGUUUCAGAUUUCCGUGGACGAGUUCGGAUCAGCCAAAACUUACAACCUGGUGGAAAAUGGAGCGGAUGUGAUGGUCACCAAUGCCAACAGGGAAGAGUUUGUCAAAUUGUACAUUGAUUUCAUACUCAACACCGCGAUUUAUGAGCAAUUCAGAGCAUUUUACCUGGGAUUUCAUAGCGUUUGUGCUUCGAAUGCGCUUAUCAUGAUGCGACCGGAAGAAGUGGAAAUUAUGGUCUGCGGAAGUCCUACUUUGGAUUUGGCUGAUUUGAAAAAGGUCGUUGAAUACGACGGUUACACUGCCGAGGAUCAAAACAUGAAAGACUUCUGGGAAAUCCUUUUGUCGCUGUCGUUGGACUUGCAGAAAAAAUUCUUGCUUUUCUCAACGGGAAGCGACCGGAUCCCAGUUGGAGGAAUGCAGGAAAUGACUUUUAAAAUCACUGCGCAAAGGGAUCACUUGGAUAUGUUGCCACAAGCCCACACGUGUUUCAAUCAGCUCGUAUUGCCCAGGUACAACAACGCUGAAGUCAACUCACAGGAAGAUCCCAAUGGAAUUGAAAUCUUGGGAAGAGGUUCAAUGAAAGAUGGUGACCACGAGUGA